GAAGGUUGGAAAUGAUUUGCUUAUUCUGUCUGACGUCAUUUACCCGCGCUUUUGACGGAUAUUGCUUGUUGGCGGGACUGUCAAGGAAAAGAAAGGAUUUCUUUCAGCCAACUUCAAGAAUAGACCACCAUGGAGUUCGGCAGGAGGAGGAAAGCGAUUGGUCCUUCUCAGUCCGAGUAUGGGCACUGUCUGCAGCUGUACGGGGUGCCUCCCACCGAAAACAUCUCGCUCGCCGAGUUCGAGACGUUCGCGGUGGAAAGGGUCAAACUUCUGAAGACGGUGGAGACUCUGGGUGUGAGCUACGUGAAGGGCUCGGAGGACUACUACAGAAAGCUCAGCGCUGAGAUUUCCAACCUCAACUUCCCGUACAAGUUAGAGGCUUCUGCUCAGGAUGACCGGAAGCAGCGUGAGACGGGCCCCACUGAGUGCGAGAAGCGGAGGAAGGACCACAUCUCCCACUUCAUCCUCCGCCUGGCCUACUGCCAAACGGAGGACCUGAGGCGCUGGUUCAUACAGCAGGAGAUGGACCUUUUCCGCCACCGUUUCGCCGAUCUGCCUUCCAGACACAAGACCGAGUUCUUGCACCAGAAUGACCUGCGCUAUGACACGAUCACUGACAAGGAGAAGGAGGCCCUGAUGGAGAAGCUGGUCCAGUCCACGUACACGCUGAGCGGGGCAGCGGUGGUGGAGCAGGACAUCUACAAGGUCCCGUUCCAGGACGCUCUGGAUUUGGUGAGGACGAGGAAGGUCUUCCUCAUGGCGGGCUACGCCUACAUCGCCCACCAGGACAUCGUCACCAUCGUCCUCAACGAUUUCCGCACGCGGCUCUCCAAGGCCCUCGCCCUGACGGCGAGGUCCCUGCCUGUGGUGCAGUCUGACGAACGUCUCCAGCCCCUGCUCAGCCACCUCAGCCACGCCUACGUGGGCCAGGACUACAGCGUCCAGAAGAACGUCGGGAAGAUCUCCUUGGAGCAGAUCGAUCCGCUGUCGCUGAAGGCGUUCCCCCUGUGCAUGCGGCAGCUGCACGGGACCCUGCGGGCGCAGCACCACCUGCGCCACGGCGGGCGCAUGCAGUACGGACUCUUCCUCAAGGGCAUCGGCCUCACGCUCGACCAGGCCCUGCAGUUCUGGAGGGCCGAGUUCGUCAAGGGCAAGGUGGACGCCGACAAGUUUGACAAAGCGUACGCCUACAGCAUCCGACACAUGUUUGGGAAGGAGGGCAAGCGUACGGACUACACGCCCUACAGCUGCCUCAAGGUGAUCCUGUCCAACGCCCCCAGCCAGGGCGACUUCCACGGCUGCCCCUUCCGGCACAGCGACCCAGACCUGCUCAAGCAGAAGCUCCAGUCCUACAAGGUCUCCCCGGCUGGGAUCAGUCAGAUUCUGGAGCUGGUGAAGGGGAUGCAUUAUCAGCUGGCCUGCCAAAAGUACUUCGAGCUGACGCACAACAUUGAGGAUUCGGGAUUCUCCCUAAAUCAUCCUAACCAGUACUUUGCGGAGAGCCAGAAGCUCCUGGCGGGGGGGAAGGAGGUGAAGAAGGAGGUGGACUCCCCCUCCUCGGCAGGGCAGGGUGCCCCGGCACGCAAACCCCCCGACACGCCGCAGAGCAAACCUGGCAACCCCGUGCAGGCUGUGGCCGAAAUGACGGAGGACCUGGACUCUCUGUUUCAGGAUGACUGACCGAGCACUGGCCCCCCACCCCCUCUGAUGACUGACCGAGGACUGGCACCCCCCUCUGAUGACUGACUGACUGACCGAGGACUUGCACCCCCCUCUGAUGACUGACCGAGCACUGGCACCCCCCUCUGACGACAGACUCUGACGACUGACAGAGGACUGGCACCCCCCUCUGAUGACUGAAGGAGGACUGGCAUCAACCUCUGAUGACUGACUGAGCACUGGCACCCUCCUCUGACGACUGACUCUGACGACUGACCGAGGACUGGCACCCCCCUCUAAUGACUGACUGACCGAGGACUGGCACCCCCCUCUAAUGACUGACUGACCGAGGACUGGCACCCCCCUCUAGUGACUGACUGACCGAGGACUGGCACCCCCCUCUAGUGACUGACUGACCGAGGACUGGCACCCCCCUCUAGUGACUGACCGAGAACUGGCAUUCCCCUCUGACGACUGAAGGAGGACUGGCAUCAGCCUCUGACUGACUGACUGAAGACUGGCAUUCCCCUCUGACUGACUGACCGAGGACUGGCAUCCCCCUCUGAUGACUGACUGACUCUGUGUCUGAUUCUUUUUGUUUUGUUCUUUGUUUUCCUUUUCAAUUGUACAAUCCUUUUUACAUUUUCAUCCCCUCCCAUUUAUAUUCUUUAAAUAUAGCCCCUGCUUGAAGUUGAUGAAUGUUGUGCAUUGCAAAAAUAAAGAAAUAAGAAAUCUACAAUUCAAAACUA